AUGUCGACCGAACCUCCCCGCAAUGAAAUGGUAUACCUGCCCGGCGUUCUAUCGCCAAACCGAUCUUUCGGAGUUUUCCGCAAGGUGCUACAUACGGGUCUAUACUCGCAGUUCGUGGCCAUGGAGGUGCCCGUGAACGGCGAGAUCGGCGACGAGAAACACACAGUCGAUCAAGUCCUUCUCUUCACCUCGGGCAUCGGUAAAGCCAUUGUGGCCGGAAAGGAGCAGGAAGUGAAGCAAGGCGACACAGUGAUCGUUCCUGCAGGCACACAGCACCAGUUCUUGAAUGUAGGAUCCUCUCCAUUAGAGGUGGUCACUAUUUAUUCACCCGCGGAACAUCACCCUCAGACAGUGCAUCAAACCAAGGCUGAAGGAGAUGAGAAGGAGGAAUCCGGACAGGAUGAGCCGGCGGAGUGGAGUCAGAGAAGCAAGGCGGAGAACGAGAAGUUGGGAUUGGUGAACGUUUAA